AUGGCAGACAACAGAGGAAAAGGUAGUCGUGGUGAACAAAGCACUGUUAUUAUAAGGGAGCUGAAUGAAGAGGGAGGUGAUGAUAGAGACUGUGAGCUAGAACUGGAGAGAGCUUCAGCAGCCCAAACAAAGACAAUCAUCAUUGAGCCCUGUAAACUUGGUGAUAUGACAGCACGUUGGAUAACAGUUGGAAACUGUUUACAUAAGACAUCAGUUUUAUCAGGUCUGUCCUCUAUGGCCUGCAUGUAUUUUUAUCCUGAUCACAGCUGUGUUUAUUUCCCACUUGGACUGGUCAGUGUGACCUUUGCUGGGGUGUAUGCCGUUUCUUGGCAGUUUGACCCUUAUUGUAAAUAUCAAGUGGAGCACAAUGUGCAUAGACUGGAGAAACUUCCUCUGCAUAAUAUUGCUUCCAGUAAUCCAAUAGUGCUGAUUCGCCGCGACGACAAUAGACGCAAAGUUUUACACAAUUUUGUAGCACUGACAGCUACAGGACUUUGUGCAUGGAAAAUUUACAAAUUGUUUAUAGAAUGAAAAUGUUACCUGGUCUUUCAUAAGCUGAAUAUGUUACACAUUUUCAGAGAAGAAUUAAAAUCAUUUUUGUGCCUUUAUUUAUCACAAAAUAAUUGCUACAUUAACACAGUAUUUUAUUUUUAAAAAGAAAGAAACAAAUAGGCAUAGUUGAUCUAGUACAUUAUCAUUUACCAAGUAAUGAUUAAAUCACCUGUUAAAUUGUUACAAACAUUAUGUUGGUAUUCUUGUUCUGUAAAAUGGUAAACAGUAUCAUACAUAUGAAGUGGGUUUAUUUGUUAUUGUACAUGUCCAUUGUAGACCCUACUUUACAUAUUGUUGUACAGGAUUUAAAAUUAAAUACUGAAAUUCA